AUGGGACCUUUUCCAUCAUCUUUCUCCAACCAAUACAUUUUAGUAGCGGUGGACUAUGUCUCGAAGUGGGCGGAAGCUGUUUCCCUUCCCAAUAAUCAUGCCAAAAGUGUGAUGAAUUUCAUCAAGAAAUAUAUUUUCACACGUGAAGGCACCCCAAGAGCAAUAAUCACAGACGGAGGUAAGCACUCUUGCAACAAGUACUUAGAUUCCCUUCUUUCAAAAUAUGGUGUUACUUAUCGUGUAUGUACUCCAUAUCAUCCUCAAACUAGUGGACAAGUGGAAGUCACUAAUAGCAAAAUCAAAAAUAUUCUGGAGACCACAGUUGGACAAUCUAGGAAGGACUGGUCUAAGAAACUUGAUGAUGCUCUAUGGGCUUAUAGAACUGCAUUCAAAACACCAAUUGGUUUCAAAACACCAAUUGGUAUGUCUCCAUAUGGAAUGGUCUAUGGUAAGGCUUGUCACCUCCCUGUUGAGUUGGAGCACAAGCCAUAUUGGGCAAUCCAAUUUCUUAACUUUAAUGCUAAGGACGUUGGUCAAAAACGGUUGCUUCAAUUAAAUAUGAUGGAUGAAAUGCGACUCCAUGCUUAUGAGAAUGCCAAAAUCUAUAAGGACCUCACCAAACAAUGGCAUGAUAAGCACAUUAUCAUAAGGAAUCUAAAGGUAGGACAACAGGUGCAAGUUGAAGUCCAUAAGAUAGCACGCCCUAGCCGUGCUCAUCAACACGGCCGUGCUUCAAAAAGGUUUAUUGAUGAGUCUGCACUAGCACAAGUGGGGAUUAGGGAUGCUGUUUUAGAACCCCUUAGGCAUAUUGGGUGGGAACAAUUUAUUAACAUGAAAGAUCUUAUUUAUGCACCUCUAAAUUUAGAGUUUUUAAAUUCCUAUUCUUCUGUUAUUCGCCUAUUUGACUUCCCUAGCAAAAUUAGAUUCAGGCUGUUUGGGAGAAAUUAUGAACUUUCUGUAAAUGAGGUUAGUCAUAUAUUUGGGUUCCCCACUGAAAAUGCUCAUAAUCGAAUAUCUACAAACUUUAAUGAUCGCAGUACAUGGAAUGAUCUGACUGGAGAACAUAAUUAUAAUCCUAGGUUUUCGAAAGCCUCAAAAUUGAGAAACCCUGCUCUGAGGUAUAUUCACAAUUUCUAG